GAGGAAGAGUUUGGCACGAAUUUGAGUCUUCCUGGUUUCCCGACAAACAAGAAAUACAAAAUAAACAACACAUUCCACAUAUUUUGUAUUUCGUCAUAUUAUUUAACAUUUAACCCGAUUAAUUUUAAUUGCACAAAUUUUCAAUUAUUAAUUUCAAAUUUAAACUAAUAAGAAAGUAAUUUGCCUUCUAAACUAUAAGGUAACGGACUUCCACGAUUUAAUCAUCACCACCAUGUCCAACCAACGCUGCCUUCUUUGCUUACAAGUUAUCACAGGAAUAUCAAAAUCCCCGAAAAAAAUUAAAAUCGAAAUUCUUUGCAAACUUUUGUCAUCCCCGAAUUCCAAAUUGUCUCCCCAAUCUGAAUUCGCUGAGGAGGAAGUUUGUGAAUUUUGCGAAGAUUGUUAUCCUCUCGUCGGCACGUUGCAUGAAAUUAAGACACAAAUUUCUCUGCUGGAGGAACUAAUUGGAAAUCAAAUUCAACAAAUUCGUACCACAAUUUGUAGCACCUCGGCCCAACUAGAAAUUAAUGGGGAUGAUAAAGAUGAGAAAAUUGUACAAAUUCGGGACAUGAUUCUCCGCGUGACAGGUGGAGAAAGUGAAGAAGAAGACGGAUUUGAAAUCAAAGUGGAGGAUGAUGACCAAGUCUGUGAUGACGAUUAUAAUUCCGAGGAGAUAAAUGUCCCCAAAUCGACAGAGGCGAAAGCCACGGAUCCCGAUGGGAACGAAGACGACGCUGCAUUGUGUAUUACUCCUUCGACUCAAAAGAGAUCGAGGGGAAGACCUAAAAAAUUAGCGACAGAAAACAAAACAAGUCCCACUCGCACAAAACGGAAAAGAGAGGAAUCUCUCCCCGCAAAAGAACAAUUAAAGCCGACAAAAACUUCAAAACUGGAUUCCCCCACCCCACAUGCGACACGAUUCUCCCCCCGAACUGCCAAAAUCUCGACCCUUACACCCAAAACUCUUGUAAUUUCGGUCCAACGGAUUAAAACAUCCGCACCACCACCACCUCCACCAUCGGACUUGGAGGAUUCAAAAUCUAACCCUGACUCCGACGACAAGAAUUCCGUCAUCCUACUCUCUCCAAAAAGUGAAAAUGACGACGACACUUCUGACUCCGACGACAGCUCGCCUUCUGACUCGGAAGUUGACGAUGUCACCGCCACCGCCGAAAUCAUCCAUCCCUACAAAUGCAUCUCCUGUCCGAAAUCUUUCAUCAAGCGAGCCACCCUGAAUCUCCAUAAGAAACGAAACCAUCGCGUGGCAUGCAUCGCGCCAUCAUGCGUCGCUCUCUUUGCCACCAAGAAAGCGAGGGACGCCCACAUCAAGCGCGACCACGCGAGCCUUUCUCCUUAUCAGUGCCGCCUUUGCGGGAAAAAGUGCCGUCGCCAAAACGUCCUCGAUGCUCACAUGGUGAUUAAACAUGAAACAGGAGAGAAGAAAUUGUCCUGUACCAAAUGCGGGAAGGGGUUCUGUCUCGAAGAAAACUUGGCGAGACAUUUGAAACUGCAUGACAUCGAGGGAAUCAAACCCUUCGUUUGCGACGUAUGCGAUAACCGAUUCGAAAGUGAGGAACGUUUAAAGAAACAUUUAGCCAGCCAUGAUGAAAUUAACCCGUGGAAGUGUGCUACUUGUGGGAGGGGGUGUAACAGCCGGGCGGCGCUGGAAAUACACAUGCGGGUACAUAGUAAGGAAAGGCCGGAGAAGUGUUCGCAGUGCGAGGCUCAGUUUCGCGACAAGUUGACGCUGGAGCGCCACAUUGCACGCGCACAUUCCGGCGCUCCUGCUUCUUACAUUUGUCACAUUUGUGGAAAUGCGUUCUAUCUUCCGAGCGAUCUGAAAGGCCAUUUGAAUCGGCACGAGGGCAAAUCACGAGUGAAAUGUGACACUUGUAAUAAAACUUUUCCAGACGUGAUGAGAUUACAGUCUCAUCAGAUCAAGGUGCAUGGGAAGGAUCCGUUCAUUUGUGAUGAAUGCGGUGGCAGCUUUACGUCGCAGCAAGGGUUAAAAUUACACAAGAAGAUACACGUUGGAGAUAAAAAGUUCAAAUGUCAGAAUUGUGAUGCCUCUUUCAUCCGGGUUGAAACUCUUAAGGAUCACAUGCGCGUUCACACGGGAGAGCGACCAUUCCCCUGCCCCCACUGCAAGAAAGCCUUCAGAAACAAGACCAAUUUGAGGGUGCACGUGAAGGGAAUCCACACUCCGGGCUACGUUACCCCCACCCCGCACAAAUGCUCGCACUGCGAUAAAGCAUUCCAAUAUCCUCUCCUUCUUGAAGGCCACAUCCGCCAGGCACACACUGGAGAACGACCCUUCACCUGCGAACAGUGCGGAAAGGGGUUCGUCCUCAACUCAGCGCUAACUCUGCAUAUGAAGGGGACUCAUGGCGUCGUUCUGAGCACGAGAAAAGAUAGGCUGCCAAGAUCGAAGAAAGAUACGUUUAACUGAAGAUAGGAUAUAGAUGUAUAGAUUUUAAAGAAGUUCUGAUUUUUUACAUUUUGUUAAAGUCUAGCCAUAAAAAUUAUCAAAGCGUCAAAAGAGAUUUACUUACUUGUAAUUAGCGUCAUGUCAUUUAUGGCAAGUGUGUCGAAAAUCUGUGACGAGAGCGCACUUAUUGCUACUAGUGCGAACAGACUUCUUUGUAACCUUAGUAUUCUUCGCAUCGCAAAAUAUGUAAGUUACGAUGGUUAAGAGAUUUUGUAAGCGUCGUAUAAUUUUGUCAUUCAAAAUCGCGUUACAAAGGUUACAAUUUUUACGAAGGUUGGCCGCUUCUGUUUUUAAGUAAACUAUUUUACGAUGCUAAGGAUACGAAGACAAUUAUGAAUAUCCUCAAUAUUUUUUUUAAUCGACAAGAAUUCUCACUGUCCAGUCCGAGCUUAAGCUGGGAUAUAUUUCUCGUACUUGCGCCAUUUCGACUGUAAAUUAAAGAAUACAUAACAGAAAGUUACAUAUCUUAAUUAAGCAAUUAAUUAGUAUGAAUUGUUAUUAUUGUAUGAUUAAUUUGGAGGUUCGAUAAUAGGGUCACCAUGCAUUUGCACAUAUGUAUAUUUGUUACUGUGGACAUUGUUGUCAUAAUACUUACUAAUUUGGAAAUAAUAUUUGUUAAUUAUCUA